AUGACAAAUGCUAUCGCUGACGCUGACGGAGAUAUGGUUAACUUGGUUCGAAGUGGGGUCAUACAAUUUUGGAGUUUGGAAGAGCGGUGGUCGAUGGUAAGGGCCAGGCAACAGCGAGAUUUUUCAGAACCAUUGGAUUUAAGGAAAUGGAUCCCAUGCACCUCCUCUUUUCUAUUCUACAUUGAAAGAGCGAGACAGUGGCGGUCCUGACAGAAUGGGUAGUGGAGGAACAUUUGGCCGUCUCAGGAUCAUAUUCCAGAGGCGUUUGAAUUGACUGUGAGUGAGUGACGCUUGUUGGAAGGAUGGCCAUUCACAGUUUACUCUUCC